UUGAAAGCGAUAGAAUAGAAAGGACAGGUGACAAGAAUUCAGAAUGAUUGCAACAUUCCUCUAUGUUUUCCUUCUUAUGACUGGAGUCGAGUUGAGUAAACACAGAGGAUCUCAAAUUCCAUGUAGUUUUGGAGAAUACGAUUUGAACAGGGAUGGAAUCAUUCUCAUAACCGAAUUCCUGUAUGCUGCAGAUGGUUAUGAGAAAAUGAGUCCGGAGACCAUUUUUAACACACUAGAUAAAAAUCAUGAUGGCAAAGUGAUGCGUGUCGAAUUCAUAAAACCUUCUCCUGGGCUUUCACGUAAGGGCAUUUUUGAUCACUGCAAACGACGCAAGCCGUGUAUUUGGGACUGUGAUGGAUGUAGCAAUUGUUAGCAUGAACGUUAAUAAAUAAAAACAUUGUACAGUU